CAUUUUAAAAAAAAUGAAAAAGUAUUCCACAGCUGAUUAGAGAGGUUUCAUCGACUUUGGGAGCACUCUUUCAUCGAUUUUCUGACAAAUAACCCUAAUUGCGCCGGAAAAUGUCGACGUGGAAGAUAUUCGCCGGUGCCGGAAACAAUUUCCGGUGGGAGAUCACCGGCCGAUACAUCGAACCUCGACCCGUUGGCAGUGACGGAGUGAGGGGUAUUGAUGCCCCAUCUUCUGUGGAAAGACACAACCCAAGCUCACGUCUUCCUUCCAUGACAGACCUUUUGUUUCAAGAAUGUUCGAAGCUUCUGGAGGAUAAUGUCGAAGGUUUUGACAGAGGUUCGAUGUUCAAGACUGGAUCGGGGAGAUCUGUUCCGGUGAAACAAGCUUCGAUUGCCAAAGCACUAGCUGUUCUUGGCCAAGUUGAUUCAAAUGAUACAGAUCAAUUGCAAGCUAGAGAUAAGAAAUGUGAUUUCUCUAAUUCCCUUUUCCAGACUGGCUCUGGGAAAGUGGUUAAUAUAUCUCCAGAAGGUCUAGCCAGAGCAAAGACAUUGUUGGGAUUGGUUGAAGACAAUGAUCCUGGCAAUUUUCAAGGCUUCCAAGAGACAAGAAAGUUAUCUAAUACCAAUUCGACUUUUGGGUGUCAAAGCGUUUCUCAAUUGGUAAUAAGAGAGGGUGUUAACAACCAUGGAAGUACGGAUGAUAAUACGGUUCCAAGAUCUUCAUUAUUUUGUAAGAUUGAUACAGGUCAAGAUAAACUCAGUGAAGCAAAGCCAUACUUGACACCAUCAAGGAUGUAUAGUUCAGCAACCAAAACACCUCCUGUAAAAUUUCAAACAGCAGGUGGAAAAUCUAUAUCUGUUUCCAGUGACGCACUGCAGCGUGCAAGGAGUCUUCUUGGUGACCCAGAGUUGGGAAAUUUCUUGGACACAAGGGAUGCAGAUGAGACAGAAAUUUCAUUUCCAAAAAAUAAAAAAUUGGUUGAUUUUGGAUUAAGUAGGGAAAAUGACCCCCCAACCAAUGUAACCCAUCAGGGAAUGGGAAAGAGGAACUUCGUGCCCAAGAGCUUUGUAUCACCAUUGCGAUCAUCUUCCAAACAAAUGCAAUCGUCGGUCAACUCAGAAAGUAUAAAUUCAGGGACUAACUUGAUCAGGCAGUUUGAUUCAGUUAGCCAUGAUACUGUUUGCAAGUUAAACGGCAACCUUACUUGUCAACAAGAGCCCUCGAGUAGCGGAUUAUGUUCACUCAAUACAGUGGCAGACAAGUCCUCGGAAAGUACUAUCGGUUUAAGAAAGAAUGAGGUUGUUAGAUCAACAGGCAGGCAUUUGGUUGAUAUAUCAAAUACCGUUGGUACAGUUUCUGCAAACGAUAGACAGGCAAUUAACGAAAAGAGGAAAAUUCUAAGAAUUUCUAAAUCUUCAUUCAAGAGGCCCCGUAGUUCCAAGUUCUCCACCCCUAUGAAAAGCAAUGCUUCUUUUGCUUCCAAUGGUUUAUCUACAUUUUACUCUGAACAUUCUUGUUCCAAAGGAAGGGUUUCCAGUCGAUAUCCUUUUCAGAAAUCAAGAAUAUAUGUCAGUAAAUAUUUUGGAGGGCCUCCAUCUGAACACAUGUUGACAUCAGUGCCGGACCAAUUCAGAAAGAUUAGAUCAUAUAAUGCAGAAAAUUUCACAUUCCCCGAUGCCUCUGGUGUAAAUUGCGUCGGAGCAGAAGCUUUCUUCCACAUGUUGAUCCAGUCUGGAGCUUCUGAGCAAUAUCUUUCGAAGGAGUGGGUAAAAAAUCACUACAAGUGGAUCAUCUGGAAGCUGGGAUGCUAUGAAAGAUGCUAUCCAACUAAAUGUUCUGGGAAAAUUCUCACAGUCGGCAAUGUAAUUGAGGAAUUGAAGUAUAGGUAUGAAAGAGAAGUGAACCAUGGCCACCGCUCUGCGAUUAAAAGAAUUCUUGAAGGGGAUGCUUCGCCUACUUCAAUGAUGGUUCUCUGUGUUUCGGCAAUUAAUUCAAAUUUUGACCCAAAUAUUGAGGUUAACUCUUCGGGACAAGGUGAUGCUGAAAAUCAUACUGCUGCUGCAAAAGUGGAACUAACUGAUGGUUGGUAUUCAAUGGAUGCUCUGUUGGAUGUAAUGCUGUUAAAGCAGCUUGCUUCAGGAAAGUUGUUCAUUGGCCAGAAAAUUCGGAUAUGGGGAGCAGGAAUAUGCGGCUGGGUUGGGCCUGUUUCACCCCUUGAGGUGCCAAGAGCAGCUAAUCUAGUGUUGCACAUAAAUGGCACAUAUAGAGCUCAGUGGGCUGAUAAACUUGGAUUCUGUAAGGGUGUUGGUCUACCUUUAGCAUUUAAAUGCAUAAAAAGUAAUGGGGGUCCCGUCCCACUGACUUUGUUUGGAAUCACACGAACAUACCCUGUGCUCUACAAGGAAAGGUUGGGCAAUGGAAGUUCAGUUGUGAGAUCAGAGAGGAUGGAGAAUAAAGUUUUGCAAUCACACAACCAGAGACGCUCUGCUAUUGUCGAGAGCAUUGUUUCUGAUUUUCAGAGGGGCAUAAAACAUUCACAUACCUAUAAUGAUAGUGAAAGUGAAGAGGGGGAAAAAAUCUUGAAGAUGCUAGAGACAGCUUCAGAACCUGAAGUUCUAUUGGCAGAGAUGAGUCCAGACCAACUAAGUUCCUUUGCAAAAUAUCAAGCAAAAAUGGAGGCAAUCAAGCAGUCAGACAUGGAGAGGUCAAUUGAAAAAGCUUUGGAAAAUGCCGGCUUAGGUAAGAGAGAAGUCAUCCCAUUUAUGAGGGUGAGGGUGGUUGGUCUAACAAGUAAAACGUAUCAAGGGAAGGACAUUCUCAAAGAAGGUUUGAUCACUAUCUGGAAUCCAACAGAAAAGCAGCAAACUGAGCUGGUUGAGGGGAAGGCAUAUAAAGUUGCAGGGCUUCAACCAACAAACGCUGAUGCUAAUAUUCUUUAUUUGCAAACAAGAGGAUCUACUUCCUGGCAGCCUUUAUCACUGCAUGCAGUGGAACAUUUCAAACCAUUCUUCACACCUCGCAAAUCAGUAUCACUGUCAAAUAUGGGAGAAGUUCCUCUUUCCAGUGAAUUUGAUAUUGCUGCGUUUGUCGUCUUUGUCGGGGAGGUUUACAAAGGUGGGCAGCAGAUGAAACAAUGGGUGUUUGUGACAGAUAGUUCCAUCUCUGAGUUACAGUCGGAAGAAUAUUCUGAUUGUUUGCUUGCCAUCUGUUUCUGCUCACCAAACAUUGAUGAUGAUUCUUCUGUACCUUUCAACCGUAACCUUGUAGGAUCAACGGUUGGCUUCUGUAAUCUCGUCAAGAGAGCAAAGGACCAAGUGAAUCAUCUCUGGGUAGCUGAAGCUUCAGAAAAUUCGACCUAUUUCUUGAGUUUUGACUCUCCACAUUAUUCUCACCUAAAAGAUGCGGCUAUCUCUGCUGAAAGAUGGGGAAGAACCUCUGAGCUGACCAUUGGUAAGCUUAGAGAGAAGGUUUUAUAUGCUGUUGGUGAUCGUACAGGCUAGUUCGACCUCAGCUGACAGCAAAUUUGCAUGCACUGACCAAAUGGGUAUAUCAUGCAAAUCAAUGGACCUCAAGAGUUUCGUGAUCAGGAAUGAUAAGAAGAUCUUUCAAUUUUCAUAACAUGAAGCUGGUUCCUUCUUGAUCAAAGCCACUCCUUUUCACAUCAACGAUAUCGAGCAACAGGUCUGCUUCCCUAUACUGAACUGGCAAUUGUUCUUUCAAAGGAAACUUAAAAUUCUAGUGGAAAGUAAUUUGUGGAAGCAAAAAAUAGUUGCUUUUGUAAAUUACACUUCCUGGUGCAGGAAGAAAGGACUGGGGGAAGUGCUCUCUAGGUCCGGUUACACUGAUCAAUUUUGCAAAGUAAGCUGUUAGUAAAGGAGCAAUUGUUCAUAUUAGUUUUUUUUAUUUAAACAAAUAUGUUAAUGUAAAUUCAAAAGUAUAAGUGUAUACUGUAUAGGGUUUUGUGCAAUUUCCUCAUUGCUCUAAUAGAGUCCACCCCACAGAAUAUAAUGUUCUUGUCUGAAUGUGUGUGAAAUUAAAAUGAUGGGAGGGGAAUGCUUGCCUGCAUCUGCUACUGUCUGUAGCCUUUGAACUUGCAUAAAACUGGUUAUAUUUUAAUACUAUGAAAUUCAAAGAAACAAACCAUAUUCUGAAUAACACAAAUAACUGGAUAUAACAAUUAUUCAAAUCAUAUGAGAGUACUCAUAGAAAUUCGUCAAAGAAAAUAUAGGAAUGAGGAAAAAAAAUGGAAUGAAAUGGUUGAACAUACUAAUCCUUACGAGAUUGAAAAGAUAUAUUUAUAUAAACGCUCAUACCAUGGAGAAAGUUAAUCAGAAAUCUCGAAAAAGAAAAGACCAUUCAAUAUAUUUCCAUAGCCGAACAAGGAAACUAAAACUUUUCAAAGAACUCAAUAUCUUCAUAGAAAAAAAUCAUAUAAUGAGAACUGCUUCUAGGAGUAACUGUCAGAAUUUGAACGACAAUAAUGAUAACCAAGAGCAAAACCCUCAAGACUCAUAACAUAAAACAAUCACUAUAACGACAAAGAAAAAGAAGACCCAAAACUCAAUGAAAAACCAAGCAAGGACGAAAGAAACAUAAAUAAAAGACAUACCAUCGAAUGAAUCUUUGCCUCAAACUAGAGAUCAGGAAGGUUAUGCGGGCCCCUCGGACCCAAUGAAUUAGGUAGAGAUGUUGACGCUUUUAUUUUAUUU